AUGGAGGCGGAGGAGGCCCGGUGGAUCGGCGGCCUAGACGAGAUGGAGGCGGGGACCGCGGUAAAGGGGGUCGUCCUCCCAGAGCACGCCGCCGACCUCGACGAGAUGGAGGCCGACUCCGGGGGCGGAGCGACAGCGACAGCGACGACGGAGGAGAAGGAGUGCUGGGAGUACGAGGCAGAGUGGGAGUACGAGCAAGCCCUCACCUUCCGCGAUAGCUGGAUUUCCAUCUGGGGCGCCGAAUUUGGCUCCUUCGACCAAACCACCGACAUUCAGCCCAUGCGCUACACGGAUGCAGAGGCUCCAGGGGGCUACGCCGAGCCCCUCGACACCCUGCAGAUCUACUCCAUCAAAGUCGCGGAGAUCAGAGGGGGCCUGCGUUGGCCCAUCCAUGUCUACGGUAUGAUCGCCGCGCGCGACAUCGUCGACAGAAACCGCAACAUCAUCUUCGACCGCUCCAGGGAUGACUGCCAAACCCUCACCAGCAAGGAUUCGUGCUUGGUAAUGACAGGUCCUACCCGUCCUAUUGUUAUGUUGGGUGCCGCAACCUUUGAGAUUGCGCUAAAAGUGAAGGAAGGCAGCACUGAGUCUAGGGAUAAAGUAUUAAGCUUCUUGGCGGUUCCUCAUGACAAUGUUAGCUAUUUGGAGCUUUCCUGCGCAACAGAUAGGAAAUACAUCAGCAAGCUUAGCACACUGGAGUUUACAAUGAGUCAAAUUGCUCGCUCCCUGGAGGCGACAAUCAGCGUGCAAAUGGUCGAUGGGUCGUCAUGGCCACACGGUGUCCGAGGUGAAUUUUCCGCCUGUACCAUCAGUAUGGCCGACAGGAAAGUAGUUUUACUCGAUUCUGGAAGCGAGAAGGAUGUGGAGGUUGGUGCAGAUGGCAUGAUCCAGCUAUCUAGGCGUGUCGCUUCCGUCGAAUUCACCGGAGAGCUGAAGGUUUGUGUGGAUGCAUGGUGGCAAGGCGAGAUGAAACCCAAGAAAGCCUGGAAGGUUUUCAAGCCCAAGAAAGCUGGUAGGAACUAUGGCACCUUCAAUCUUGUCGGCAUGUGUAAGAUGAAAGUCACCGUUGCCUGGUCGCUUCUUUCCUACUAUCCGGUUAACCGCCCCAAUAGUCCUUACGGUUCACUGGCUUUACUCAGGGAGGCAGAAGGACGUACUGUUUAG